GGGGAGCUUAAUGCCUUGCAGCUGGAGUUUGAUCAGACCGGUGCUGGACCCAUUGUUGCUGCGCAUUUAGGCGGUGCUGCGGCCGCCCCGCCUGCCGUUGCUGCUGUUGGGCCGGUGUUGACUCCAGUAGCUGGGUUCGUUUGGGUGGUUGCCGUUGCCGAGGGCAGUGGUGGCUGGCCACCAAGCUGGGUCAAGGGAGUCGUGGGUUUGUCUGAUGGCUCAGUGAUCUUCGUCGAGAACAUUGCCAAUCAUGCGCUUGAUGGUUACAUCUCUGCCACCCAAGCUGGUGGCCCCCCUCUGCCUCCUGUCCCUGCGCCCCCUGUUGGAGCGGCAGGUGCAUUGGCCAUGGGCGUUGGGGAUGAUGCACGUACUCUUGCUGUCAGGUAUGGUACUGAUGGAAAGCGGCGCCGAGAGCUUCGCGAUGGUAUCGAGCUGGCUAGCGAGAGUAUUUGGGCCGACUGGCCCAUCAAGGGCCCUCGAACAGCCAAAUGGGUUGGCCAGUACUUUGUUUCAAACGGGGGUAGUCCCAUGAGCAUGCAUAACACUUGGAAGGUGAAUUGUAAGCUUCAACCUUCGGAUGCUGGAGUUCUUGAACAUGAGUCCAUUUGCAAAGCCUUGGAGUUGGCAGUCGAAUACGACCAGCUGAACAUUGGUGAGCUUGCUACCAUUGAGCUGCUGUCCCGUCGCUUGCAGAUGAUUCAGUUCCGUUGGAAGGAGAGGAUUUUGGGCUCAGCUUCGAGUGGCACGGUUGAUGACGAGUCGCACUUUUUCUUGGGGGUGGAUCCCACCCGUGGGAAUCUGUGUAUUUGCCCGGCCCUCAACACGUGGCUCGGUGAGGAGUUGCACAAGGAGGCCCAGGCAAACAAAGAACAGAGAAAGGCCCGCGAGGAGAGAGCCCUUUUGCGGGGCAACAAGACAAAGUUGGCAGCUGAUGCCUGGGUUCGCGAGGGCGUCCAGACUUUGAACUCUCUCUAUGGUGGUUCGGAGGCUGGGAUCUUUGCCCCUGUUAGUUCUCAGGCUUCAGCACUGAGCGGCCUGGCACAGAAGUACAGACUUGCUGGGCCUCCUCCCCAAUCUCGUCCCGAAGAAGCCCUCCAGGCGCUUCUCGGCUCGAUGUCCGUCUACUCGUUGGACAACGUCGAGUGCAACAUUGCCAGCUAUGACGAGGCACUUGUCUCUUGGCCGGAGCCGGGGAGCCGUCCGGUUCGGAUUGCGGAACACCUGGCUCCGGAUGUUGGAAAACUUUUGUCACUGGCAAAUGCUCAUGAGCUUCUUGCCGAUCCAGCUGCACUGAGUGGCUGUGAACUUGUGAGGCCUUACGUUGACCCAGUGCUGUUGCAUUCGCCUGUACAUAUGGGUAGAUUUGUCGGCCGCCUUUUUAAAUCCCGAAUGCUUCAAUUUGUCCCAGGAAAACUUGAUCAUACUGUUGGUGUUUUCUUUGUUCGUAAGAAGAGCGGUAAGCUCCGGCUUAUUUUGGACACUCGGAGGGCAAAUAACUUCUUUGUGAAACCUCGGUCCUCUCAGCUCCCUACGCCAGCAGCCUGGUGCAGCAUUGAGGUGGAUGAAUGCGACACCCUUUAUACGGCCGCUGGUGAUGUUGCUGAUGCCUUUCAUCGGAUGGAGCUCCCACCUCAUCUUCGUCGAUUUUUCAGGCUGCCUGCCAUCAAGUGCCGCUUCCUGGAUAAGAGUGCUUGGCCCUCAGGCUGUGGACCGGAGGAUUAUGUCACACCGGAGUAUGCUACUUUGCCUAUGGGCUGGAAUUGGUCUCUCUAUUUCUGCCAACAACUCCUUGAAUCUGCUGCCUCCCACGCUAACCUGGCCGAUGUCAACCGCAUCGAGGAUCGUACUUGGACAGGCCACGUGGCAGGUGAUCGGGUUGUGCGUGCGCAAUAUGUGGACAACUUCUUUGUGAGCGGCACAAUCCUCCUUUGA